AUGAGCAUAAACCUGUACGAUGCUACAAUAGCAGAGAGGUUGCCAGGCUGCCGUGCCCAACGCGUGGACCUAGGCCGCGCGGAAGGCGAACUGUUCAUGUUCCCUGUAAACCCGACUCCGCUCGGCCAGUGGCCCGGCAUCACCGGCGCCCCGGUGGACCACCGCGUCACGUUCAACAAGCAUGGCAUGUUUGCCGGUGUGGCGGUGCUGUUUACCGGAAAGCUUGAGGGCACGAGACUUGCGUGGUGCUAUUCGAUGCUUGAUUACGGCGUGAGAGACGUGGGCGCGACGGCGGAGGGAAAUCCGGAUGUGGACGAGGCGUCGCAAGAUGUGUUUGAUGGGCAUCAUUUGUUUGUGCCCCCCAACUAA